UGUCUUAUUUGUUAUUUGUUAAUUAUUGUUUAUAUUUGUCUCGCUCGUUGUCUCUCGCUUAGCGCCUAGCGCCUGCUAGCGAGCCAUAUAUAUGGCCGCCGUCUCUCGUUCUCUUCCUUUCCUCUUCGUACCACGUCUUGUAGUUAAUCCUACACAAUCUGGUUUGAAUCCGCCUCACUGCCGUGACAAACUACCCGGAACUAUAACUUCGAGACCAAAGAGGCACCCAGCCAAUCUCGAGAUAGAAACCCGCCCCCCUAAUAUCCGGGAGGAACCCUCCACGCCCCCCUUAACCCGCCUAAGAAUUAUCCUAUCCUCCCUAAUCCUAACGGACGACGAUAUAGAUAUAGAAUAAGAAACGAACCCGACCUAACCCUAGUUUACGGAGGAAAGUACGCCACUAGAAACAACCCCUACCCUAGGUUUGAUUGAUUGAUUGAUUGAUUGAUUCGUUUUACGUCUAUAUGCAGUUGGAAACUAUGACGGACGGUCCGUUUAGGAC